AUGAUUGUUCUGUGUCUGUUCUACUUGGUGGUGUUACACCUGGUUACGGCAAAAUGCAUUGCCGGAGACUGCCUGACACCGCAAAAACCAAAAGCGAGAGAGGAGUCCAAAGCCAAUUACUAUGUAGUCAACAACAUGAAUGAUAUGGAUCAGUUUAAUGGGGGGUUUUAUUCGAAGUUUGAUGUGGUCAGCUCAACGGGUUCACCGGCGUAUACCGCAAAUGUAAAUCCCAAUUUUUCUCAAAACGCUCACAGUCCUCUCAACUACUCCUACCCAUGCGGUGUUCAUGGUAAAGGCAAACAUUCUGUUUACAACAGUAACCGAGUAGUCGGCGGUACAAAUUCGGAUCCUGGUGAAUUCCCGUGGCAAAUAUCGUUACAACUGGUUACCGGAUGGACCGCCAGACACAUAUGCGGCGGAGCAAUAAUCAACGAAUACUGGGUAGUGACGGCAGCACAUUGCGCACACGGCUUGUCCGAAAACUUGCUUUCCGUUGUGGCCGGCAAGCGCAACCUUUACUCCGACGAAAAUUCCGAGCAGAGGGUCAACGUAGCAGACAUAUAUUUCGACGGGUACAACAGAAAGAAAUUUUCAAACGACAUAGCGUUGCUAAAGGUUACGCCACCCCUCAAGUUCGACGGCGAAGUGGUGUCUCCGAUAUGUAUACCGAACGCCGGCAUGCAAUUCGACUCAGAUUUAGCAAUGGUGACCGGUUGGGGUCGCGUAUCCGAAAGUGGAGCAUUCGCUCACAUUUUACAAAAAGUGCAAGUGCCAUUAUUGCCAGUGGACACGUGCUUACAAAAAUAUAAAGAAGCAGGUUACGGCAGUUACGUUAACAAAUGUGUGAUCUGUGGUGGAGGAUCGACGUUACAAGAGGCUGACUCCUGUCAAGGGGAUUCCGGUGGACCACUAUCGUGUUUGGCGCCCGACAACCGUUUUUACCUUUGCGGUAUUGUCAGUUGGGGCUUAGGAUGUGCUCGGCCGAAGUACCCAGGCGUUUACACCGCAGUGUCUUGUUACACUGAUUGGAUAGAACAAACCUUAAGCACCGAAUGACUCGACUCUCAAAAAUAUCAAUGUUUAAUUCAAAUCAUUUUAAUUUUCAAAAAUCAUGACUCAACACAAUUGUUUUAGUGAAUAAGUAUAUAUAUUCAAAAUAUAUUGAAAUUAAAAAUAUUUACAGUAAUCUAUUCACAUUGGACCGUUUGGCAUUUAGGUUCACUAACUGUCAAAA